UGUGUUUUCAUUUCAUGUGUUUUGGAAAGUUUAUUGUUUUUUGAUCGUUUAAACAUUGGUUUACACAACGAAACACAUUGUCCAUAAUAUUCACGUAUGCAAUUUUCAUGUUAUUUUAGCAUACACGGAUAAUGUUAUUGAUGAGUCGUUCAAAACAGUAUUCUGAGAUGAUGUAGUUGCUAUAGACUGUACCUACUUUUGCUAGUGCCUACGUUGAUGACAGUGUAACAGUGAUGGAGACUGUAGGAAACAAAAGCAUGCCUUUCACCAACACUUCCAAUGGUGUAGACAUCAUGGGGUCAAAUUGUUUCGACAGAUAUAACACCGUGGCCUGUAUCAGGAGCUCUGUGUUAACUUUUCUGGCAGUUUUGACAGCAUUACUCUGUAUAAUGAAGAUAGCAAAGCUACACAUACAUCACCAUCCAGCCUGGCACCAGUAUGUCAUUUUCUACUGCGCGUCCCUGGAGUGUGUUAUAGGGGGUGUUCAUUGGGUACUGGUAGCCUAUGCACAGCUGGACUUUGUGCUACAGUAUCUAAAGCUGUUACAAUUUCUCGUUAUGUGUCAUUUCUACUGGACCUUGGCAACUCGGGCACUGAGGCGUGAAAGGCUCACCAAAUGGUUCCUUAUCCCGUUUCUAGUACUGGUGUGUGUUUACUUCACUGUCAUAGCUACGCUGGGUAUUGUUAAUGUGCAGUCAACUUUAACGGAGUGCCUACAACCUUACUGGCUGGAGUUGUCGGGGGCAGAGUUUGUGACAGUCCAGCUGUUCGGAGUAGCUGGCUUUUAUAUCACACGUCGACUUAAUGAGAUUAGUACUCUGGAUUCAGUUCGAUGGUCACAAAAGAGGGACCUGUGGUGCAUUGUGAUUGUGUUCGAGAUAUCAGCCUUUGUUGGAUUCUUGUAUGAUAUUAUGCUAAAAAUAUUGGGUGAUGAGAGCAGUGGAUGCAGUAAGAUUUUUAAUGAUGCAGAGGAGCUGUAUUCAACAAUAUUCAUUAUUUUUAUGGUGUUAAAACUCUUACUUCCUAUUUGGGUGAUGCUGUUCGUGUUCCAGCCAUCACCCCCAGUUGUGGAUCAUGAUGACCUAAUACCAGCACUCAGUGAUGAUGGGAAUUCUGCGUUCAGUGCCAGUAUAGAUGACCAUCAGUAUAGGCAGCUUUACCAUCCAGCCGAGGAUUACCACAGCUUCAACGAUAACUCACCAUCACCUGCAGCGCCACCUAGCAGGGUAUCCAACGGAAACAUGAAACGGAGCACCUCAAAUCUUGACCCUAUCAGAGAAGAAGCAACUCCGAACAGUUCCGUAAAAUCCAAAUCUGAGGAAACGAAUAACUCCAGUAAACAGGCAGGCAGCAAUGAGACACCACCUGUCCAGAGGAGCAAGUUUUACAUAUGAUGGUGCAGGCGUCUUUUGUACUGUGUAAGCCCAAGUUUUGUGACUAUAGGUCCAGUAAACUUCUAAAGUACAGUUAGGUAAAGAAUUACUGUAAGAUACACAAGUUGAAGACAAACUUCCUGCCGUGUUACAGAUCAUCCCUCUAUUGUAUAGCGUUACUGGACUGGAUUUUACAAACUGCAUCUUCCUCAGGUCCCAAGAAAAAAAAGCUCAAGGUGUGUGAUGCUACAGGAAAUCUCGAAGAUUGUCUGUACAACCAUCAUGACUAUUGAUUUGAUUUGUGAUGUGACUACCUCCAGUCACUAUGUGCAAUUUUCAUCUUGUUUGAUUUCCAAAAAAUGAAACUUAAAGUAAAGACGAUGAUAUUACAUGUAACUUCACUUCUUGAGGAAUUUUCUUAAAUGACAAGGAAUUUUCUUUUUUCAUUCUCUGACUAAUCUUGAUCAGAGUCAACAGUUCCCAAAGAAUUGAAUAUAAUUUGUUAUAUAUGAAAAGUGUACAUGUGAUGUGUGUGUGUUAUAUCAAAGUCUUAUAUACUUUGUGAAAAGUGUACGUGAUGUGAGUGUGUUAUAUCAAAGUCUUAUAUACUUUGUGAAAAGUGUACAUGUGAUGUGAGUGUGUUAUAUCAAAGUCUUAUAUACUUUGUGAAAUCACUUGGAUAGGCCCACUCAAGAUUUUUUUUGUUGAAACUCAAGAAGUGAAAGAUCUAGGAAACAAUGAAGAGACUACAAAUAAGUCUGACCACAGUGAUACGUUAAGUUUAGACUAAUGACAAUAGCAGAGCACUCCAUAUUUAAAUAGGGCUGGUCAAAGGAAGCAAGUAUCCGGGUUACAGGUGAAACACACCACCUAGUGUACUAGUGUGUCUGUGGUAUUUUAUACCUGAGCAGCUGAUUACCCAGGGUUUAUUCUAUUUAGUACAUAUCUAAAUCAUGAAUUGUGUUUUCUCACUAAUGAUCGAUGUCCAGAUGUUUAAUUCUAGACUUCAGAUAUAAACUGGCAUAAAAAUAACCUUAAAAAAUCAUGUUUAGUCAUUUUAUAAAAUUCUGAGAGGUAAUGACAUGUCGUUACAUGUAUGUAUUUUUCAUAUCUUGUAUUCUUUGCCCAACACAGCUGUUAUAUCUUAAAGGGUCCUUACUAUAUGACAUUUAUAUUACAAAUGGUUUUGUGCUAUAAUUUACAUCUGAUUUAUUUAAAUUUAUACAUUUUUUCAUGUUUUAAAAUUUUUCCGGUCUUAGCUCACCAUCAGAUGGUGGUGGACUUGUCAAAUCGCUCAUCUGUAGUCCAUCCAUCUUUCCAUUAAUCCUUAAGCAAAUCUUGAUGUCACCAUUUUUGGAGAAGCAGAAUACGGAUCAUUACCUUGGUCCUGGCUGACAGGCAGGAAACUUGAAUUUCUGGGAUUGGACAGUUGGAUAUUUCUGUUGUUAUUUAUUAAGAGGAAUUUCGUGAUUUUAUAUAAUUAAGAACAAAAUACAGAAAAAGAAAAGAAAGAAAGGAAAGAUCUUUUAGAGAACAAGUAGAUGAGACACCAGUGGGUGCCCUCUGGGAUAUCUGGUUUAGCUACAACACUUGUAUAAAGAAUAUAUAGCAGUGCUAAUUAUGUUUACAAUGCAUUUGCACCAUUUGAUAUUAUAGACAAGUUUAUGUUGAAAUUUUCAUGCUACUUUUUACUUUUUUCUAUUAUUUGUAACUUCACACACCAAGUCAUUGAUUGGUGUGGUGUAACUUCACACACCAAGUCAUUGAUUUGUGUGGUGUAACUUCACACACCAAUUCAUCGAUUGGUGUGGUGUAACUUCACACACCAAGUCAUUGAUUGGUGUGGUGUAACUUCACACACCAAGUCAUUGAUUGGUGUGGUGUAACUUCACACACCAAGUCAUUGAUUGGUGUGGUGUAACUUCACACACCAAUUCAUCGAUUGGUGUGGUGUAACUUCACACACCAAUUCAUCGAUUGGUGUGGUGUAACUUCACACACCAAGUCAUUGAUUGGUGUGGUGUAACUUCACACACCAAGUCAUUGAUUGGUGUGGUGUAACUUCACACACCAAGUCAUUGAUUUGUGUGGUGUAACUUCACACACCAAUUCAUCGAUUGGUGUGGUGUAACUUCACACACCAAGUCAUUGAUUGGUGUGGUGUAACUUCACACACCAAGUCAUUGAUUGGUGUGGUGUAACUUCACACACCAAGUCAUUGAUUGGUGUGGUGUAACUUCACACACCAAUUCAUCGAUUGGUGUGGUGUAACUUCACACACCAAGUCAUCGAUUGGUGUGGUGUAACUUCACACACCAAGUCAUUGAUUGGUGUGGUGUAACUUCACACACCAAGUCAUCGAUUGGUGUGGUGUAACUUCACUCACCAAUUCAUCGAUUGGUGUGGUGUAACUUCACUCACCAAUUCAUCGAUUGGUGUGGUGUAACUUCACUCACCAAUUCAUCGAUUGGUGUGGUGUAACUUCACACACCAAUUCAUCGAUUGGUGUGGUGUAACUUCACACACCAAUUCAUCGAUUGGUGUGGUGUAACUUCACACACCAAGUCAUCGAUUGGUGUGGUGUAACUUCACACACCAAGUCAUCGAUUGGUGUGGUGUAACUUCACACACCAAGUCAUUGAUUGGUGUGGUGUAACUUCACACACCAAGUCAUUGAUUGGUGUGGUGUAACUUCACUCACCAAUUCAUCGAUUGGUGUGGUGUAACUUCACACACCAAGUCAUUGAUUGGUGUGGUGUAACUUCACACACCAAGUCAUUGAUUGGUGUGGUGUAACUUCACACACCAAGUCAUUGAUUGGUGUGGUGUAACUUCACUCACCAAUUCAUCGAUUGGUGUGGUGUAACUUCACACACCAAGUCAUUGAUUGGUGUGGUGUAACUUCACUCACAAAUUCAUUGAUUGGUGUGGUGUAACUUCACACAACCAUUCAUUGAUUGGUGUGGUGUUUUUGAAUUUCUAAAACUGUAAUUUCAAUGAAUGUUUUUGUAUGUGUUUACAUGAGGUCCAAGCUGUACUACCCAGUGCUUAGUAAAUACUACGACUAAGUUGUGUGUGGUGGUUUCUUAGGAAUUGUUUUGUUCAAAGUUCUACACUUUCAUGAUUAUGCCUUAAUUUGAUUUGGUUGUAUGUGAUGUUCACUUACAUAAGAUUAGGUUGUUAGGUCCAAGUUAUACACCUCAAUGUUAACUUCAAUAUUGUAUGUACUAUUCAUGAUUUUGUGAUAACCCUGGGUCUUACACAGCUUCUUCAGAUCAUGAUAUUCACCAUUAGCAUGCUAGGAAUAAGGACAACUAAGUUUGUUCAAAUGAUUGACCUUGACUCAUUUUCAGUGUCAAUAGAGUCUUUUAAUAGUAUUUCUUCAAUCAAAACAAAUGUAAAAUUUCCUCUAAGUACCUAAGAGGCCCUCCUGGAAAUUGGGACAGUAGCAUUCCAAGAUAAAGGCUACCAACUUUGUACAAAUGUAUUACAUUGACCUACUUUCAGGUCACAUGUGUAGCUAGGUUUUUUAGGAGCUGCUUGCAAUUAUUUGUGUUGGUUACCACAUGUGUAGGAUCACCUUGAACAUUUUCCACAAAAUUGGUGUAAGUAUGGCUGUAUAAGCUAUCAAGGACAUGAGGAUUUGAGGCUGUUGUUGAUGAUUACUGUAAUGAAGACUGUAUUUUAGAUGUUGGUGUACUUUAGUAUUAAGUGUGAUGUACAUAUGUCACUUUGUUAAUGGUUCACUGCAGCAUUGAUAAACCCUAGUGUUUUGGUAUAUGCACUACUUGUACAUUGAUGUCCUGAGCACCAUCCUUUAAGAUGGCUGGAUAUGCUAGAUAGGAUUUGUAUCAGUAUUCAAAUUACUGAAUUAGACACAAUAUCUUGUUGACACAAUAUUUUUAAGUAUUUGGUACUAAGUUGUUUUGUGUUUAUUGGUUUCUGAAAACAAAUGUAUUAGGAAUAUCAUUGCUUUGACAGUUUGUUACAUUCACAUAGCUCAGAUGCUACUGAGGUGUUCUACUAACCCUCUCUAGGCUAUGCAUUUCCACCACACAUUUCCAUGUGAAGGCAGUGUCAGGUGCAUCCUUAUAUUGUUACAAUACCUGCCACAAUAAUCAUCACACGAGUCAAUAUUUUAUAAACAUGUACCAGUAGUUACAGGUCAACUGAGGCAGUAAGAUCUAUUGCAAUCACAUUUUGUCUGUUCGUAGUAAACAUUUCCCAUUUUCUACAUAUUCCCUCAACCAAAUUUAAUUAUUUUUGCAGAAGGCUUUGAUGGCCAGAAGUAAACCAAAAUUGUCAGUUAUACAGAGAUAAAGUUUACUAUAGCUUUUGUGAUUUCCUAAAUAACUCCAACUUUUGUUUGAAGAUAAUUAACAUGAGAUAGCAUUACAUGUUUCAGUUCUCUUACUUUUAUUAUUAGAAUUCAGAUGACCAUUGAGGCCAAUUGCAAUUCCUAUAUUGAUGUUAAGUGGUUAUCUCCCUUACCUCAUGUAUGCAUGUCAACACUAUACCUUGAUUUUAAGUGGUUAUCUCCCUUUCUUCGUGUAUCUAUGUCACUACCAUACAUUGAUUUUAAGUGGUUAUCUCCCUUACCCUGUAUGUCAUCACCAUACAUUAAUUCAAAGAUGUUAUCUCCCUUGCUUUUGAGUAUGUAUGUCACAUCUAUACAUUAAUGUUAACCGAUUAUCUCCCUUACUCUUUGUGUAUGUCAUCACCAUACAUUGAUUUUCAGUGAGUAUCUCAUUUGCUCUUGUGCAUGUAUGUCACACCAGUACUUUGAUGUAAAGUAGUUAUUUCUCUUACUCUGUAUGUCAACAUCGAUGUAUAGUGUUAAUGAUGUAAAGUGGUUACGAUGUGAAGGGAGUUAUCUCCCUUACUCUGUAUGUCACUAAUACACAUCAAUGUAAAGUGGUUAUCUCCCUUACUCUGUCUAUGUAUGUCACCAUUAUACAAUGAUGAAAAAUGGUUACUCUGUGUAUUAUGUUAAAUACAUUUGAGACAAUAUUAGUGGAGGAAGACUGGGUCACAGCAUUUAUCUUUUGUAUCACAGCUUUACUGAAGGUUUAUUUUUACUGGUUCCCUUCUGUGUGAUUUUAUACUUAUGUUACUUGUCAAUCUUAAAAGUACAUGCAUUAAAAACAACAUAUAAAACUGAA